AUGAGUAUGCCUCUCGUUGCUCCCGUCUUUCCCGAGGGAAAGGCGCCUCUCCCGCCCGGCGUGUCGGAAGAAGAGCGCCAGGCGUUCUUCGAGGCCCAAAAGUACCAGAAAUGGAUGACGGUGGGCAUGGAGUCUUGCGUGGCCAAGGCCGUCAUGGGUACCGCUGCAGGAUUCGCCAUGGGAGGCUUCUUCUCGCUCAUGAACAGCGCGUUCCAGUACGAGGACCCGCUCCUGCGCUCCAAUCUCUCCGCGUCGCAGAAAGCCCGCGAAGUCUUUGCCGAGAUGGGUCGCGGGGUGUACAGGCAGGGGAAGGGCUUUGCGAAGGUCGCCGGGCUGUUUGCGGGCAUCGAGUGCGCCGUCGAGUCGUAUCGAGCCAAGAACGACAUCUACAACUCGCUGGGCGCGGGCUUUCUCACCGGCGGUGUCCUCGCGCGAAAUUCUGGGCCACGAGCAGCGGUGGGCGGAGGGAUCGCGUUCGCCGCGUUCUCUGGUGCCAUCGACCUCUUCCUUCGAAGAGAGACUUCUGACGAGGACUGA